UUCAAUUUUUGUGCCUCACAAGCAUCUAAAUAUUUCCAUUUUUCUUGCCCAACAAUAGCCCGAAAAAUAAUUUCCGCAUUUACCAUUCAUCGCACCCGGUUCAUGUAUGACCAAUCAAUAGAAGCACCAAUCAACGAAGCAACGCAACUGGAACCCAAGAGUGGCAGCAUCAUGUCAGCAUCGAAACAGGGCCCGAGCACAGCGCCAAAGCCGAAGAAUCGGGGACACCUCCCGUGGCUGCGUGACGCCUUCAAGCAGCACGAACAUCGUGGGGAUGGAAAGAUAUCCGUUGAACAUCUGGGGGACUGCCUGCGUGUGAUGGGCGCUAAUCCGAUGGAGUCCUUGGUGCAGCACCACAUCCGACAGCUGCAGGCAGCGGGCCUGCAACGCAUCUCCUUCGAUGAGGUCCUGGCCAUCUACACCGGCCUGGGCAAGAACUCGGCUGUGCUGGACGCCAAACAGGGCCAGGAGAAGGCCGCAGAGUUCAUCUCCAGCUUGCGGCUUCUGGAUGUGCAAGGCACUGGCUACUUGCCCGCCGCCCGAUUGAGACGCGUUCUAAACAAAUGCAGCGAAUGCCUCAGCGAGGAGGAGAUGGAUGAGCUGCUGAAGGAUCGCGUCAAUGAUCAGGGCCUGGUCAACUAUGUGGAUCUGGUGCAUGCCAUUAUGGAUGCUUAAAGAGUAGAGAGUUUGAGUUGAGUUACAAUAAAUAUGU